AUGUUUCCACGAAUUCUAAUUCUAAUUCAUUUAACAAUCUGCAUUAGCGGAUUACCAUCAAUAAAAGAAAUAGAAGAAAUAAGUGAACAAGCAUUUAUUUAUGGUUAUCCAAUUGUUGAUAAUUAUCGUAUUAUGUAUGCAUAUGCAAUAGGAAAUAAUUCACAAUACAAAGGACCGUUCAAUCAAAUAGUUAAUAUGGAUCGUUUGCUUACACCAAAUGAUACCAUUGUACAAACACCCAACGUAGAUACUCUCUAUUCAUCUGUAUGGCUUGAUUUACGUUUACAACCAGUUAUACUGCAUGUGCCAAAUGUUGAACAAAAACGUUAUUAUUCUGUUCAAUUAGUUGAUUUGUUUACAUAUAUUUUGGGUUAUAUCGGAAGUCGUACAACUGGUAAUGCUGGUGGAAAGUUUCUAGUUGUUGGUCCAUCAUGGCAACGGCAGCACAAACACGUUAAAAUUAAUAAAGAAUUAUUUGAAAAAGUAUUUUAUUCUGAUACAGAUUAUGUUUUUGCUAUAUAUCGUACACAGAUAUUUAACAAUGAUGACGAUAUAAAAAAUGUUACUAAAAUACAAGAAGAAUAUAAAGUUGAAUUAUUUCAAGAACAUUUCAAUGUAACAAAAAACCAAACAAAGAAUAUUGUCAAAAUGCAAAAAAAAGUUGAUUUUCCAGCAUAUGAUUUAUCCAUACCAGUCAUGUCACUUAAAUCAAAACAAUUUUUCAACUUGUUGAAUUUUCUAUUAAAAUUUUCUUUACCAGUACAUGCUAGUGAAGUAAAAUUAUAUAAAAGAUUUUCAAUGAUAAAUGUUCGUCCUGGAAUGCAAUUUCCAUACAACACAUUUACAGUUAAACAACAACAUGCUUUUGAACAAGGUAUAAAAACAGCAAAAAUAUUAAUUAAUAAAACACUAAAUUCAAAUAAUGUCUCAUCAAUUAAUUUGUUUGGUACAAGAAAAUCUUUAAAAACAAAUUAUUUAGAACGCACAUUAGGUGCUAUUGUUGGUAUUUAUGGCAAUGAGAAGAAUGAAGCAGUCUAUUACAGUUACAGAUAUGAUCAACAGCACCAACAGAUUGAUUGUCAACAUAAUAAUUAUACGAUGACGUUUCAACGAUUACCACCCGUUAAGGCAUUUUGGUCUGUCACAAUGUAUAAUGAACAUCGUUUACUUGUUGAAAAUUCGAUUAAUCGAUAUUCAAUCAACUCUCGCAUGGAAAAAAGUUUAGUUCGUGGUAAUAAUAAUCAAAGUAUAACAUUGUUUAUUCAACAACAUUCACCCGGAAAAGAAUUAGAAUCAAAUUGGUUACCAGCAUCAAAUGGGAAAGUAUUAGUAGUUUUAAGACUCUAUUGGCCAGAGGAAGUAGUUUUGAAUGGAAAUUGGACAAGACCAAUGGUUGUUAAGACAAAUAAUUAA